UCUCCUUCUCUCUCAUUAAACAAAAACCCUCUCUUUCAUGUGAAUACUCUUCUGCACAUUAAAUACAAUUCACCUACUCAUGUGUCUAAGCAUGAGGCUCCCUAUCCACAUAUGUCAUAGCAAUCAAGGUGUUCAUGAUAUUGGUUGGAAUCAAAUAUAUGUAUACCCUUCUCCUAGCUUUAAAUGUUCAUCAACUCAUUUUAUAAACUACAAUUUCAUCUUAUUCAACACCACCAUGUCAAUAUCACUCCUUUUCCUCUACAUUCUCUUCUUCCAUUCCUACACGAGUCUCCCCACACCAUCAUCUCAUCCAACAACAUUAACAGUCCCUUCAUUCCAAGAACAAUCUUAUGUUAAAGGCUGUCCCUUAUCUCUCUCAAACGAACUUUUCAAUGGCAUAAAAGAUGCAUGUAGUUCAUCAAAACACAGUAAACUCCAACGUAGCCGAUGUUGUCCCGUUCUUGCAGCGUGGUUGUACUCUUCAUACUCUUCCACCGCUCUUAGAAACCACUCACCAUCAUCAUCAUCAUCGUCAUCAUCAUCAUUUGACAUGCCUUUGGUGCCAGAUGAUUCAGAAACAUGUGUGGAUGGAUUGGAAAAGGCUUUGAAAGUUAGAGGAAUUGAGAUUGUAAAUCCAAAUGAGAGUUGUGAUUUGGUGUAUUGUUCUUGUGGGAUUAGGCUGCAUCCUUUUAACUGUCCUGAUUCAUUUUCUGUAACCAAAAGUGGGGAGCUUGUUGGAGAUGAAAGUGUUAGAAAGCUGGAGAAGAGCUGUUUGAGUAGUGACAAACAUGUCAAUGGUUUUCAAGGUCUUGAAGGGUGUUCUAAGUGCUUGAAUAGUCUCUAUUUGCUUAACAAAAAGACUUCAAAUUCAAGCAAAGAAGACAGGACGACAAAGAUUCACAACAAAGAUUGCGAGCUAAUGGGCUUGACAUGGCUUCUGUCGAAGAAUCGGACAGCUUAUAUUCACACGGUUACCGACGUUCUCCGUGCUUUAUUGUUGAACAAUGAUGGAUCUAAGCCACAAUCAUGCACACUUAAUAGUGAUGGAAUGCCUCUAGCUGUUGAUUCAUCUGAAAUCAUAAAUGAGCAAUCUUCUUCAACCACACUCCAACUACCUAUGUCUCUUUCUUUGUUAUUAGUACUUUGUUUGGUACAGUGUGUGCAAGUUUUUGUGCUAUUCUCUUAACUAAAACCUUUAUCAUGAUUACUAUGUGUUGAUAGGGACAAGUACAUUUCAGAGACAAUUAUGUGUUUCACAAGAUAUUUAUGAACUUUACCUUCAUAUCA